GUCAGUCAGUCAGUCAUUAGAGAGACAGGAUGGAGAUCAGUCCACUCCCUGUGAUGCUCUUGCUGUUUUCACUUAUACCAGUGCCACAUGCUCAAGGGAGUCCUAAAGCUGUGGUGUCCAUAAAGCCUGAUACACAUGUGUACAGAGGAGAGAGACAAGUUACUCUCAGAUGUGACAUACAGGGAGGAGGAGACACUGAGUGGACAUACAGCUGGUAUAAGAAUAAAUACUUCUACCGUCAAAGAUUCUAUGGUUUCUACCUAGAUAGCACAAUGCAGCAGUUGAGUAUCUGGUCUGUUAGAGACUCUGACGGUGGUGACUACACCUGCAGAGGACAGAGCAGUGACUCUCAGAGCUCAGAGAUCAGUGAUGCUGUUACACUGACUGUAUCAGAGAGACCACAGCCAGUACUGAGUGUAUCUCCACAGAGCUGGCUGACUGAAGGAGACUUAGUGACUCUAAGCUGUGAGGUUACAGACUCCUCUACAGGCUGGACAUUCAGCUGGUACAUACAUGUUCUCUACAGCUCAACUCAAAUAACAGACAGUCGUGGUGAUAUUGUGUAUGGAGACUCCUACACUAUCAGUUCUGCUGCUCUUAAUCACACAGGAGUUUACUGGUGCAAAGGAGAGAGAGGAGAAAAUGUUUAUCACACUUACGACAGCAAUCGACAGCCACUAUGGAUUACUGGUGAAUCUCCUCCAGGCUCUCUGAUCAUCAAUCCCAGCAGAACUCAACACUUUACUAAUGACUCUCUCUCACUGAGCUGUGAGGACCAGAGUAACUCUACUGGAUGGACAGUGAGACGAUACACACACAGUGAGAGAGUGUUAGAUUGUUCAUCAGUUACAGGAUCUACAUGUAAAAUCAGCUUCCUCUCCACAUCACACACUGGAGUUUACUGGUGUCACUCUGAAUCUGGAGAAAACAGUAAUCCUGUCAACAUCACAGUGCAUGAUGGUGAUGUGAUCCUGGAGAGUCCUGUCCAUCCUGUGAAUGAGGGACAUCCUCUGACUCUACGCUGUUUAUAUCGCAACACAAAUUCCUCAAACCUCCGAGCUGAUUUCUAUAAAGAUGGAUCAGUUCUCCAGACACAGACUACAGGAGAGAUGAUCAUCCAAACUGUCUCAAAGUCAGAUGAAGGUUUCUACCACUGUAAACACCCAGAGAGAGGAGAGUCACUGAAAAGCUGGCUCUCAGUCAGAGCUUCAGGUCCAUCACGUGUAGAAGCUCCAUUCUCAGUGCUCAUGCUGAUCAGUAGUGUAGUGACGGCCUCUCCGUAUCUGCUGGUGACCAUCAUUCUGCUGGUCAAAUGUUACAGAGCUCGAGCUCGCACUGAUGAAGACAGAAUUGAGAAUGCAGUCAUAGAGGAGUGAGCAAAGUUCAUCUGUUAAAUAAGGAUGCAUUUACUGUAGAAAUAAUUUCAUUUCAUCAAUCGUUUUUUUAUAUCAGUAGCUCAGCAUAUUGUUUUUCUGACUGGAUUUGUUUAGCUCAAGCCUGAAAACCUGCUCAUGAGGUGAAAGUUUAUAUGUGUGUAGUCUCUAAUAAAGACUACAUUUGCCUAUGCAAACUACUGAGUAAAAAUUAACAGAUAAAAUAUUCUUUAAAAAAAAUGUGAAGAAAAGAUGUUGGUCAGUGGAAUGGUUUGGAGCUUCUGUUAGACACACACUAACAUCUGAAGUGUGUCAAAUACAUGUGUCUGCUAUUGGAGAGUGUUUAAUCCCAACACCUGCACAGUAAAACUUCAAAACAUUUCGGGUUACUGAUUACUGAUAAACUUUUUGGUGUGCAUUGUUGAAAGCAGUGUUGAGAUGUGUAUUAUAUAUAUAUAUAUAUAUAUAUAUAUAUAUGAAUAUAUAUGUGUGUAUGUAUGUAUAUAUUUCACUCAGUUAGAAGAAGCAGCCUUUAUUUGUCAUAUAUACAUUACAGCACAGUGAAAUUCCUUUCUUCGCAUAUCCCAGCUUGUUAGGAAGUUGGGGUCAGAGCGCAGGGCAAGCCAUGAUACAGCAACCCUGGAGAAAGGUGGGUUAAGGGCCUUGCUCAGGGGUACAACAAUAGCAGCUUAGCGGUGCUGGGGCUUGAACCCCCAACCUUCUGAUCAGUAAACCAGAACACUCUGUGCAACUACUCUUGUGACUUAU